CAGUCAUUGACCAAAUGUCGGUGGCUUUUUCUCAAAAACUUGGCAACCCCGCUCAUCUUAGCUUCUUUCCUCGCUAGCUAAACCAGUUUAGCAUUUUAAGUACAUUCUGGCGUCGACGAAAAUCCGAGCGUUUACAAAGAGCUUGCCACUAUUAUGCCUGCAAGUGGCGAGUCUGUAGACAACACGAGAGCAAACUCACCGGUCCAUCACAGCAAGAGGCACAACAUGGAAUCCUCCAGAUCGCCUAGAAGCUCCAAGCACCACCAUUCACGCUCAAGGUCUCGCUCCAGGGACAGAAAACGGAACAAGAAGCACAGGCGGAGUCGCAGCAGGAGCAAAGAGGCACGAAAGAGAGAGCCGGAGAAGUCGUCCAAAUCGCAUAAGCAAGCGGACGAGCACCACGAGAGGCUCUCGGCCGAGGACGCCGACGAGCGGUCGCGGCGCAAAGACAGAAGGUCGCCCAGGGGUCGCAGCUCGUCCCGGUCGCAUUCGCGCGACAGGCGGCAUCGUAGCAGGAGCCGAGACAGACGACGGCCCUCGCGAUCGCACAGCCGCGACAGGAAGAGGAGGGCUCGCUCUCGGUCACGUUCCAGGUCCAAGCACCGGUACCGUAGCAAGACCCGCAGCAGGAGCAGGUGUGCCACGGAAUGUGAUGACUUUUUACUUUUGGUUCAUGACCCAAUGGACAAUUGUGCUCAAACCAGGGAGCGAAAGAAAAAGAGCGAAAAGGUGCGCAAGAGGAGUCGAAGCGGCUCCGCCAAUCCCCCUGUCUUCCGGGGCCGCAAUACAGCCAUGGAUGCGCAAGAGGCACUAGCCAGAAGGUUAGAGCGAGCCAAGAAGCUCCAGGAGCAGAAGGAGAAGGAGUUGGUAGAAAAAAGUCAGCAGGAGGUUAUUGGAGCGACCUCUCCAGCGGCCUCUCCAGUGGCCGCCACCGCCGCCCCGACGGCCGUCUCGACUGUGGCCACCUCAGCCAAGCACGCCCUCAACGUGGCCGCCCUGCUGGCGUCGGGUACACAGGUGACGCCGCAGAUCGCCAUGGCGGCGCAGAUGGCGGCGUUGCAGGCCAGGGCGCUGGCCGAGACGGGCGUGGCCGUGCCCAGCUACUACAACCCGUCUGCGGUCAACCCCUCCAAGUUUGCAGAGCAGGAGAAGAAGCGCAAGAAACUGUGGCAGGGCAAGAAGGAUGGGGAUAAGUCCCAGACGGCCGAGUUGUGGGAGAAUCUCAACUUUGGCAACAAGGACCAAAAUGUCAAAUUUCGCAAAUUAAUGGGUAUUAAGGCCGACGACGAGGGAGAAGCGUCCAAACCGCUCAACGACGAAGGCCUGAAGACCCUUCAGAAACAGGAGGAGAUGUUCCGCAACCUGGACGUGCAGUAUGAGAUGGCCCGAUCGCAGACGCACACCCAGCGUGGCAUGGGCCUCGGUUUCUCCUCCGCGUUUUCUCGCGGAAUGGAUUCCAUCUAGGGGGUCUGUGCAGGACUAUGUUUCAAUUUAUUCCUGGAGGACGGUGUAAAUAAGACGUCCUUUCAAUGCAUACCGAGCUCAGAAUGGACAGCACUACUUUGGAAUCGAGCUGUGGUAGUAAUUGUGAUUGUUUUUUUUUUUUACAUUUGGAAAUUGAAAUCACAGUACCCCCAAAAAGGUUUGGAAUAUUGGCCUUUUGAGCUCACCUUUUCAGAUUACAGUCUCUCUAAAACUGAGAGGCUGAGUUACAAAAGGCAUAGACAUCAAACAGGCGUGGAAAUUUCGAAAUUGCUUUGUGAAUCAAAACCAUGUUGUCAAUUCAUCCAACAGCGAGCCAAAGAGCAAAACGUAUGCAAAGAAUACUGAAACGGUUCACUGUAGGACCAGCAUGCAAAAGUCGAGAGAAGGUCAAAUUAAGUUCACAUGGAAAGGUGAUUGUGCACUCAUUCUGAACAUUCACCCGAAAGACCAAUCUGCCUAACUUUUUGGGAGUACUGUGUGUGUUUGGAAACUGAACUGCGUACAAUGUGAACACUAUUUAUAACUUCUUAGCAACAACAACAACAAAAAAAGUGUCCAACACCCCAAAUUUCAGAAGUGUUUGAAGAAGAAAAUGGCCCGUGAAACAUUUUAAUCCACAAAUGUUCAUUGGAUUUUGCUUGUCAUCUUGUAUUUUUUUUUUUUUUUUUAGUUUUGUCCCUGAUAGGAAAAAAAGAUGUCCGCUCCUGCUUCCAUGACUGACACAAAUUUAAAAAAUAAGGCAUUUGUGUUCAACCCUGAAUUCCAACACACCCCAAAUAAAAUAAAAUAAUGUC